GCUGUUAAAAGCAUACAAAGUUAAAACCCGGAUGUGUUCUGCAUUUAAUUAAUAACCCAAAAAGCAUCUUUAAGCUCUUCUUCUACUGUUUCCCCUCUCUCUCUCUCUCUCUCUCCACUUUUUGUCUGUAUUCUCUCGUAUGAAACCAUGGAACCGCAGGAGCAAACUCACGGCAGCAGCGACGGAGACGACUGUUCCGUCUCCGGCUUCGACUCGGCCGAGAAAGUGAUCAUGAAAUGGGACGCCACGGCGUCAGAAGAAGCCAGAGAGAAGAUGAUAUUCACCGAUCCGCAAGAAGUGAAGCUUUACCUCCACGCCGUCGACGAAAUCCAACGGUACGUCUCCUCCUCCCCGGGAGAGGACCUCGAGUCCCGCGCCAGCUCAGCGAUCCAGAUCGCCAUGGCUCGCCUCGAAGACGAGUUCCGCAACAUCCUCGUCUCCCACAGCUCCCCCAUCAACUCCGACUCCCUAAUGUCCUCUUCUUCCCACGCCGAAGUCGAAGAAGACAACAACAACAACGAAGAAGAAGAUAAUAAUAAUAAUCAAGAAGAGGAAACGGAUCUUCUCAAACGAACCGGGUCCAGCUCCAGCUCCGGUUCAGCUACCACCGUCCGGUUACCGACCGGACGGGGUAGCUACAGCAGAUCCACGAGCAGCAUACGCGAGAUCGAGCUGAUCCCGAUCGACGCGGUCGUGUACUUGAGCUGGAUCGCCCGCCGCAUGGUCUCGGCCGGUUACCUCCGCGAGUGCAUUCAAGUCUACGGCAGCGUCCGCAAAUCCGCAGUGGACUCCUCCUUCCGUAGGCUAGGGAUCGAGAAGCUGAGCAUCGGAGACGUCCAGAGGCUGAACUGGGAGGCGCUCGAGCAGAAGAUCCGACGCUGGAUCCGUGCCGCGAAGGUAUGCGUGAGGGUGGUGUUCGCGAGCGAGAAGCUUCUCUGCGAGCACGUGUUCGAGAGCGUGGGAGCUGUCAACAUCCACGAGGCUUGCUUCAUGGAGACAGUCAAAGGUCCGGCGAUCCAGCUGUUUAACUUCGCCGAGGCGAUAAGCAUCAGCCGGAGAUCGCCGGAGAAGCUGUUCAAGAUCCUCGAUCUCCACGACGCUCUCAUCGAGCUUCUGCCGGAUAUCGAGUCGGUGUUCGAUCUGAAGUCUUCGGAUUCGAUACGGGUUCAGGCCGCGGAGAUACUGUCGAGGUUGGCGGAAGCUGCGAGGGGGAUACUGUCGGAGUUCGAAAACGCUGUCUUGAGGGAGCCGUCGAGGGUUCCUGUCCCUGGUGGGACGAUACAUCCGUUGACUAGGUAUGUGAUGAACUACAUUAGUUUGAUCUCUGAGUACAGACCGACGUUGGUUGAUCUCAUCAUGUCUAAACCGUCGAGGAACGCUACGGAUACGAACGCGCCGGAGAUGGACUUCUCGGAGGUUGAGAACAAAGGUCCUUUAGCUCUGCAUCUGAUCUGGAUCAUACUCAUCCUACAGUUCAAUCUCGAAGGGAAGUCUAAGUACUACAGAGAUGCGGCUCUGUCGCAUCUCUUUGUUAUGAACAAUGUGCACUACAUUGUCCAGAAGAUCAAAGGGUCGACGGAGCUAAGGGAAAUGAUCGGAGAUCUUUACUUGAGGAAGCUAACGGGGAAGUUCAGGCAAGCCGCUACGUACUACCAAAGAGCCGCUUGGGUCAAAGUGUUGUAUUGUUUAAGAGACGAAGGGUUAAGGACGAAGGGGAGCUUUGCAUCAGGUGUAUCCAGGAGUGCGUUGAGAGAGAGGUUUAAAUCUUUCAAUGCUCUGUUUGAGGAAGUUCACAGGGUUCAGUCACAGUGGCUGGUUCCGGAUUCUCAGCUGAGGGAAGAGCUGAAGAUUUCGAUAUUGGAGAAGCUUAGUCCGGCUUACAGAUCGUUUCUUGGACGGUUCAGGAGCCAUAUAGAGAGCGGGAAGCAUCCGGAGAAUUACAUCAAGAUUACAGUUGAAGAGCUAGAGACCGAGGUUCUUGACUUGUUCGAGGGGUUAACUGCAACUCAGCAGCAUCAGAGAAGACGAUCAGAAUGAGGAGAUAAGUGCUCUUUCUUUCUUUCUACUCUUCUGAGUUUUAGAGCUUUACAAAAAAAGAAACAGAUUCUUUGAAUUUUUUUUCGCAAUUUCGAGUUCUUUGCUUGAGAGCCAAGAACUAAAGCCAAGAAAGGACUGAUUCAACCUUUGAUUUUAAUUGUUCAGAUUCAUGAGUUUGUAAUGUUGUAUGAACUUAUAAUAUAUCUGUUUGGUUACUUGCCAAAUUUGUAGCUCACAUCUUUAUUUGUUCAUAUGAUGAAACUUAUUGUGUCAA